AUGACAGAUGAUUUGGAGAAAGGAGAGAUGGUAAGAACAGAAGACCUAGGCGGGGAGAUGCCAAAUGUUGGAGAUCUUUCAAUGCCUGGAAUAGGUCAAAUUCUAGGUAGUUUGAAGACGGCUUGGAGGGAAGAGGAAGUUGGUGUAAAAAUGAAUCAAGGAAAGUUUUUGACCGAGCGAACGAAGGGGUUUCUUCCCGUUCUAAGAGAUGGCCGGAGGCGUUGA